GGGACUUACGCAACUUCAAUACAGCACGUAUUGAAGAAGCGAUCGAGCGGAACUAAGGCUCCAAAGUCUGCUAGAGAUCUGUCUGUCAUACAGAGCCAGAGGAUAGUGUACUGCCCUCUAAUGUUGACUUCUUCACGGUAUAAAGAAGACUUCAUACCGCUGUAAGAAGUAUUUACCUUAUUCCUCGCGCAUUCUAUCUUGGCCGGUUUGAAGUUAGUCGCGCGAGGCUGCGCAGAUAUAGUUUUACAAAUAAAUACGGUCACAAUUACCACAGAUUAAAAAAUAUUACAUAGAAUCGAUUAUCGUUAUUAUCGAUUAUGAUUCGAUUCUAUAUUAUAUUUAUUGAAGUGAAAACUUUUUACAAAUUUAUGAUUUAAAACUCAAUGGAAACGAUAAAGCGGCACUAUAAUUCCUUUAAUUUUGCCACAGGAUCUUUCGCAUUAGUAGUCAAACUUUAAAAACGUCCAAGUUUAUUUUUAGGUUUUAAAAGUUUUAAAUGCAUUUUUCAGAUGCCUUUGGACUAUAGGUUCCUCGACGCAAUCUUCGAGCUCCUACAUAUGAUACAAUACAUUUUGGGCCGUAACACAAUAUGUACAAAGUGUGAAAUCAGUUGGCAAGCGUUUUUUGUAUUGUAUGAAGGCUGUAUGGUUGUAUUAAAUAAUUUGUUAAUGUCAAGAGAGGAACUAUUGGAAGAUAGGUAAGUUCUUUUUUUGAAAUGUUCAUUAAUCCGUUAACUGUACUACUGAACAUAGGCACUUCAAAAAUCGGGAGGAUUAACCGAAAAUACGAUGCUUGGCAAAUUGAUUUAAAUAAAAAGAGGACGAUAUGGUACUUGCAUGUACUAAAAGUCAACAUCUAAAUGACGUAUGAGACACUGGCUAGUUAAUUUUGAAAAUACGUUUCAUUACAAGUAAAAAUAAGUAUGAUCCAGAUUUAAAUUUCUCUCAUUUUUUUUAUAUUGAAAUAAAAAAAUUUGUUCAGACCAGGCUUCUAUGUAUAUUGCUAGACAGCUGAUUAACGAAUCGACUCAAGAAUUUACGGAGAAUUAACUGUAACUUAAUCAUGGAAUAAAAUCCCAAUGUUAUUAUAGGCUGUGACGUAUUCCAACUUAGCCAUCAGAGGCAGAACAAUGAAUCCGUAGUCUUCUUUAUGUGAAAUUGGUUAAAGGUGUCUAUGGGUAGCACUAGUCACAUACCAUCAGGUGGACCGGGAAGUAUGUUUAUCACUCCUAUUUUUUUUAAACUUUCUUAUAUAAACCUACCUUAAUUUUGAAUUUUUUUAAACUUUUUGUCAUGUUUUAAAAACAUUUUAGACAAACAGAUACUUAAGGGCGUUAUAGCGUCAUACAUACAUCUCGCUCGCGCUGCUGUCUGACUGGAUCUCUUAUCUCUAUUGGUCUGUUAUAUACGAAUGAGGUAAAAAAUGUAGCUGUUUCCACGUGGGUAAUGUUUUUAGAAUAUAUGUAUGCAUUAUGUGUAUAUGUUUGUCUGUUGCUUGCGAUACUCCAGCAGCCUAUAUGACUUGAAGAAUUCCAAGGUGUAAAGAGGUGCAAAAAUGCCGUUGCGUUCGUCUUUGUCUCCUCAAUACAUUUUAUAGCAAGAAUACGACAAAGAAACAAUAUGGCGCCCGCUCUAAAAGUAUUCAUUUAAUAUAUCUGUAUACUGUAAUGUCAUGUGACGGCGGUCAGGCACAAAGGAAACUGAAAUAAUUCUAUUCUUUUUAAAAUCUAGCGGAUACCCGGCGUGUGUUACUACGCUAAAAAAAGGAAAUAUAUUUUGUUUAUUUGUUGGAACAAAAGGAAAUUUUAUUUAUUAACUUUUUUAUAUAGUGCGCAAUGCAUUGUUUUAGUGGUCUAAAACCAUCUUCACAUUAUUGCGUUUCUCAUACCCGUUUGUGGCGCAUCGUUUGGACGGUUUCAAAGUCUAUAACGGACGUAGGUCUUUUGGAAGAACUCUCCAAUAGCAUCCAUACAAAGUCCAUGUGUAUGGAUCACAUUUUGUUUCAAUAGGUGGUCAUCCAUCUGGAUGACCACCUAUUCAUCUGAAUACCUAGAGAGAGUAUCUAGUACAUAGGCUGCACUAAAAGUAUCGGGAAUGGAAAAUUUCCACUGUUCCUGUCAUAUUAAAAUCUUUUUUAAUUGAAAACUCCUUGGUUUUAAAAAUCGAAUACCAUUUAUUUAUUUAAAAAAAGAUUCUCGGUCUUGUCACAAGCUUUUGUCAAACUUGUUUAGUCGUUGAGAAAAUGGAAUUGACUCGAGAAAAUUCAAGAGCGAUGAUUUAUUAUGACUUUCGAAGUGGUUUAACACAAAUACAGUGUGUUGACCGGAUGAUUUCUACAUUUGGUGAUGAAGCCCCAUCCAAAACCACAAUUUAUCGCUGGUUUGCUGAAUUUCAACGUGGACGUGUCAAGCUCAGUGAUGAUCCCCGUCAAGGUCGUCCAAAAACUGCAGUCACCCAAGAAAACGUUGAUGCUGUGCGUAAGCUGAUUGAGGAAGAUCGACAUGUGACAUACCGCGAAAUUCAGGCAACUUUAGACAUCGGCAUGAGUCAAAUACAAAUAAUCUUGCAUGAAAAAUUAGGUGUAAAAAAGUUGUUUUCCCGAUGGAUACCGCAUUCGCUCUGUGAAGAGCAAAAAGCGGGCUCGCGUUACUUGGUGCGUCAGAACUCUCGAAAGAUUCCACGCAGGAUCCUCAAAUGCUGUAUACAACAUCGUAUCAGGUGACGAAUCCUGGAUAUACGCGUACGAACCCGAAACAAAAAACCAGUCACGAGUUUGGGUGUUCGAAAAUGAGUUAAAGCCAACAAAAAUUGUUCGUUCACGGAGUGUUGCAAAAAAAAUGGUGGCCACGUUUGUCUCCAAAACAGGCCAUGUUACGACUAUUCCUCUUGAGGGACAAAGAACGGUUAAUGCAGAAUGGUAUGCUAGCAUUUGUUUGCCACAGGUCGUUUCUGAACUCCGUAAAGAGAACUGCAACCGCCGCAUCAUCCUCCAUCACGACAAUGCGCGUUCUCACACCGCACACAGAACAAAAGUUUUUAGAGCAAGAAAACAUAGAAUUAUUAGACCAUCCGCCGUACAGCCCCGACCUAAGCCCUAAUGAUUUCUAUACUUUCCCUAAAAUAAAGAAUAAAUUGGGUGGACAGAGAUUUUCAUCACCUGAAGAAGCUGUGGACGCCUACAAAACGGCCAUUUUGGAGACCCCAACUUCCGAAUGGAAUGGUUGCUUCAAUGAUUAGUUCCAUCGUAUGGAAAAAUGUGUCAAAUUUCGCGGAGAAUACUUCGAAAAGCAAUAAAUACAUUUUUAAAUAGUAAUGUUGUGUCACUUCCUUGAUUCCCGAAAUUUUCAGUGCCGCCCUCAUAGUCCUACCAAAUAGUAAAAACCGCCUAUUGCGAUACCUACGGAACGGAAUGGGGUGGUGGAUAUUCUUACGCCGUCAUCAUAUAGCGAUGGAAAAGUACAUUAACAUAGUUUUCAACCGACUUUAAAAAAGAUUCGUUUUUUUUUUUUAAUGAAGUAGAAAUAUUAAUUUAUCUAAUAUUAAAAUUAAGUAGGUGAUCCUGUUCCUGUUGAUGAGCUACCAUAUGUGAAUCAUUUAUUACAGUUUUCUCAAAUUGUAAAACUAUGGAAAUUAUUCCAUAGUUCUGUUUCCUUAAUUUUCAACCAAUCAGACCUUCUUUUUAUGUGUGUUACCUCAGAACUUUUUUCUACGUACGAUCAAGAUCUGAUUAGGAGUUUUUGAGAUAUACUUAAUAAUGCAUAUUUAAUUGACUUCGACUGUAUGGUUUUUUUAUGUGUCUCACCUCACCUAACUUUUUUCUGGGUGAACCGAUUUCGAUGAUUUUUUUAUUUGAAAGCUGGUGUUUCUAAUGUGGUCCCAUAUAAAUUUGAUCAAGGCCUGAGCAAUAGUUUUUAAGUUAUUCUUAAUAACUUACAUUGAAGUCAGUAAAAAAUGUUUUGCCUAACUCCGCUCAAUGAAAUAAAAUAAUGUCUUGCCUAGUUUGAAGAGCACCUACCGCCCUCUCUCAAUUGCGUGCACUAUUUCCAUCACCACAAAUCCCAGCACCACUACUCCCAACACCACUAACACUAGGAAAGACACCACUGACGACAAUACGACGCAUGUUUCGCCUCUUCACGAUCCAUCUGCAGGUGAAGUAGACUUUGAGGUGGCUGACCGCUAACACUCUCACAUAGCGGUCAGACACCGCAGAGAUAUUGCACGAAGUUGAGGGAGAGCGCGAGGUGAUCUUCGAACUAGGUAAGACACGUCAUUUUAUUUCAUUGAACGGAUGUAUGCAAAAUUAUUUUUACCAACUUCAAUAUCGAAAAGUUAUAUUAUAUAACAUACGAUGCAAUGUAUUACAAAGUGACUAUCAUUUUGAUGUCAACGAAGUUGACGAAUGGGUCUGCUGAUAAAAUGAGCAGGUAGUUCAAGAGUUAGGCAUCUCUAGACUGGACUCUUAAGGGUCGUAAGUCAGUAUUUUGCCCUUCGAUAGAUAGUGUUUCAGUUAUAGCAAAUCUUCUCUAUUUGAAAAAAUCCGAUUUUUACCACUGUACUAAAGUUACUCCUGACUACAACGAUUGUAUUUUUUUGUUACAGGUGGCCCUGUUACAUGCAGUGCUACAAAACGCUGGUCUUGUGCCUAUGCGAAAGAGCUAUGUCUCUUGAGGAAAUAGAUCGAAGCGUAGAACAGAAAUUAGCAGAAACAGCACACUCUAUUGAAAAGUUAACGCAAUCAAUAUGCAAAAGAAAAGCCCACGUGUCCAGAAUUGCAGCCUACGCCGUUGCAGACAUUUGUACAUGGAUCGAAAAGACAGCACCACCGAAAUUGGUGCGGCAGCAUCUAGAAAAUUCCAUUGCCUUGUUGAUACAGUCCUCAGACUCGACCUAUGCUAUGGCAUUCCUUAGAAGAGCGUUAGCCGGCUCUAUCGGACAAAUGACAAUGACUAAUAUGUAUUCGAUGUAUAAAAGAUACCAUAAAUAUGUUGGCAAUUCUUGAUUUAAAAAGAUGUUAUAAAUGAAUAAAAAUGUGUAC